AUGGCGCAGAACAAUGGUGUGCCGCCGAAUGCAGGUGCCGGACAGAUGCCACAACCACCGAACAUUCAGGAUCAGGUGAUGCAGAUCCUCACGAAUCAGCAGAUUUUGAUGGCGCAAAUGGCACAACAGCUGGCCGCCACCCAAGUUGCCAUCAGGAAUCUCUCCCCCGAUGAAAGAGUGCUGGACUCGUUAUCGAGUAACAUGGCGGAGUUCGUGUAUGACAAGGACAAUGGUCACACGUUCGACGCAUGGUUUUCUAGAUACGUCGAUCUCUUUGAUAAAGACGCUAGAAAGCUCGAUGACGCGGCAAAAGUGCGACUGCUUCUGCGAAAGCUAAGCCCACCCGAUCACGAGCGCUAUAAUAGCUGCAUAGUCCCGAAGCUCUCUCGUGAGUUCUGUUUCAAAGAGACCGUCGAAAAGUUAAAGUCUCUAUUCGGAGCCACAGUAUCUGCUUUUCGCCGCCGAUUCAAUUGCCUUCAACUCGCAAAGGAGGACAGUGAUGAUUACCUGGCAUACUCAUGCAAGGUUAAUAAGGCUUGCUUCGAUUUCAAGCUUUCGGAAUUGACUAAAGAGCAAUUCAAAUGCCUUAUUUACGUCUGCGGUCUAAAGGGAAAGCAGGAUGCUGAAAUCCGAAUACGGCUUAUCAACAAGUUGAAUGAAGCCGUCGAUCUUACGCUACUGCAAGUCGUGGAGCAGUGUAACAGCCUCGUCAACCUAAAGCAGGACACCGUCCUAGUCGAGAAUCCGUCGUCCGUGGUGAAUGCCGUUGCUUACAAUAAGUGGCCGAAGUCGAGACAUCAGUCAGCAGUAUCGAAUUCGUUCCAUCCCCAUCAACGUGAGCAACCGAAGACUCCCUGCUGGUCGUGCGGGGGGAUGCAUUACAAUAAGGACUACCGAUUCCGCGACCGCAAAUGCAACGAGUGCGGUAAGGUUGGGCACCGCGAGGGCUAUUGUGCCUGUUUCCAAUCGAGGGCUUCGUCUAACGCAUCGACACACACUGCAUCGAAGAAGAAGCGACCCUCAACGAAGACCGUGACCAUCCACAACAUCAGCCAGGGUAGAAAAUUCGUCGAGCUCCAGGUCAACAACUUUCCUCUUCGAUUACAAUUGGACACAGGAUCCGAUAUAUCCAUAAUUUCGCACCGAUCGUGGAUCAAAAUGGGUCAGCCGAAAACGAAACCAACGGUGUGCACCGCACGAACGGCUUCCGGACAUCCACUCAAGCUGGUUGCCGAGAUGUGGUGCAGCAUUAUCCUCAACAACGUCACCAAAGAGGGUAAGUGCUUCGUUGCCGCUCCUAACGUCGGUCUUGAUAUUUUAGGCAUCGACUGGAUGGAUUUGUUUGGGUUAUGGAACCAACCUAUCGCAUCGUUUUGUAAUCAGGUCAGCGCUCAACCAAAUCAGUCGCUGGCUACUCUGCAAGCCAAAUUCCCGGAAGUAUUCAGCAGCAAGGUAGGCCUCUGCACGAAGGCUCCUGUCAAGCUGGUACUGAAAGGAAACCCGAAGCCAGUUUUUAGACCAAAGCGUCCCGUAGCCUACUGCAUGGAAGGUGUGGUAGAGGAUGAAAUCUGUCGGUUGGAGUCCCUAGGCAUCUUGAAGAAGGUGGAUUUCGCUGAGUGGGCAGCCCCGAUCUUAGUGGUUCGGAAGUCCAAUGGAACCGUCCGAAUCUGUGCUAAUUUUUCAACCGAGCUCAACAAUGUGCUGGAGCCAAAUCAGUACCCCCUACCGCUGCCCGAAGACAUCUUCGCCAGAAUGUCCAGUUGUCGGGUGUUCAGUCACAUCAACCUUUCCGAUGCCUACUUACAGGUCGAGGUGGAUCCAGAAAGCCAACAAUUGCUCACCCGCUUAUCGCCCGGCAUCAAAUCCGCUCCAGGUGCAUUCCAACAGCUAGUGGAUACGACGGUCUCACUUGUACCGUUGGGUAUUUGGACGACAUCGUAG